UUCAUUGGCAUCACAAAAGGAUCUUCAAUUUUGGCAAACACGCAAUGGAGGGAAAAUGGGAAAUAAAUCCAAAAUAAAUGAGUCUCCCUCCAAAAUUACAAUUGGUCCUCCUCCUCGUCCUUACCUGGGAAACGAAAAACAAAAAGAUCUGCAAAAGUAAUACAACCCUCCAACUCCUAAAACCCCCAACCCGACUCUCUCAGUAAAAACCCAAAUCGCCCUAAUCACACACUAUAUUCUCAGCUGAUUUUAACUCUCAAAUGGAAAUACAGUAAUACUUGUCCUGUAUGAUGUUACUGGUCCACAGAUUUCAUAAUACUGAACUUUCUUGGGUUUUUUAAGUUAUUGAUUUCAUGGUUUUUGUAAGUAAAACCUAAUUUUAGCAACCAAAAAAAAAUAAAAAUUCAAGAUGGAAGAGGGGUUGAAAGGAAGUACCAUGUGUAGUACAAUGAAACAUGAGUUGGAUUUGAAUAGGGAUCCGUCUGAGCAAAUGGAGCCUACUUUGACUUUGACUGACUCAGUUUCUAAGCAAGAUCUUGAUUUAAAUGAGUCUAUCACAGAAGUUUGUGAAAAUGAUGAUGAGUGUGAUGUCCCUAAAUGUGUCAUUGCUGAUGUUGACUCUGAGAAGGCUGAGGGAAUUGUUGGUGAAGUCGGGGACGAAGACCCGCUGAUGCAAGUGAAGCUUCCGGAGAAGAAUCGAGUGGACAUUGUUGUUGGGAGGCAGCGAGGAAGAAAAAAGAAGGUGAAGGAUUCAACAGAGGAUAAAACUUCCUGUCAGGUGGAGCUUGAAAAUAAGGGUUUAUCUUUGAUGUCGGGCACGUCGAGGCCUUCGGAAGAAAGAAAAUAUGAGGAGGGAACUGCUGUUGAAAAUGGCGAAGUAAUUAAAAUUAAUGUAGCUUGUGAUGGUAAUGGUGAGCCGCAUGGCGAGGUUGAUACCAGUAAGGGCAGAGGGCGGAGGGGGAGGAAAAAGAAGGAGGUUAAGGAUUCAAGAAAGGAUGAUGUUUCUCAUGAUGGUGACUUCCUUGAAAGAGGACUGAUUUCUAAUGGCUCGGUAUCUCUUAAGGGAGAGUCAGGUGUUUCUUCACCUGGAAGACAAAUUGAGCAGGGAAUUCAUGAUCUGGUGGGUGUUGAAAGAGGGGAAAUAACAAAGAUUUCGGAGAGCAGCAUUGAUGACAUUAGCCAAGUGCAAGAUAAAAGCAAUGAUAAGAGCGAGAAGAAGCCUGGGAAGAGAGGCAGAGGAAGGAAAAGAACUGAAGCUGAGGCUUCUGAAUGCCACGAUAACGAUGCCACUGCCGGUGAACAAGUUGAUGCCAGUAGUGAUGAAGCCAAGAUUAAGGUACGCAAGAGAGGUAGAGGGAGGAAAAGAAAGGAUGCGGAGGAUGUUGAGCUUCCUGCUGAUGAUCAAGUCAAAAGACAGAAGGUGAAUACAGUGCUUUCUAUGGGUCAGUUUAAAAGGGUCUUGAGGUCAGGUACAGUGGCUGUUAUUGAUGGUAAGAAGCAUGUUUUUGGAGUAAAGGAUGCAGGUGUGUCCAGUUCAAAAACAGAGAACAACAUUGAUCCGUCUGGCAUGAAAAUACUCAAGGCAAGGAAUGAUGUUAAUGCAAGACUGAUAGAGAGGGGAAAGCAAAAGCCGAAGGGCCGUCGUGGAAGACCUCCAAAGAUGCAAGGGACCAGUAGCCAAAAAGACAAAUCGAGGGGUCCCAAGAGAAGCAUGAACGAUGAAAAGGCCGACGGUCUUGUUAAGGGCUCAAAGCAUCUCAAGGUGAAUCAGACAAAUGGCGUCGAAGAGGCUCUUGGGUACGAGGAAGGCACUGAACAAGCAAAUGCUGAAGUUAAUAACGAGGGUCCUGGAAAUGAUGGAAACAAAAGGCUCAGCAGUGAUCCAUAUCAUGAUAAGCAGAGUAAGUCGAAAGGAAGCAAGACUGAGGUGAAGGAAUUUGGUGUUAGGGAACAAAAGCAGGCAGUUAGAGAGCAGAUAAUCGAUAUGCUUAUGAAGUCAGGUUGGACUGUUGAGUACAGGCCCAGGUUAACAAAAGAUUAUAAGGACGCAAUCUGGUAUGAUCCGGAAGGAAGACAACAUUGGUCAGUCACUUUGGCAUACAAGAGGCUUAAAGAGAGAGUUGAAGCUGGAGCUGCUGAUGAUAAGACCAGGUCUGCAUUUACUCCUAUACCGGAGGAUGUAUUCAGCACACUGUUCAGAGGUAGGAAAGAAAAAGAGAACAAGGGAAAGAAGAAGCAAAAGGUUGUUGGAUGUAAAACAAGCAAGAAAAUGACCAAAAAGAAGCAAUCUGCCAAAAGCAACUUAAGUUUUGGAACCAAAACAGGAAACAGCUUAAGUGUGGCAGUAAGGAGGAAAAAGUUGGGAGCAAAUACAGAAGACGGAAAACGCAGAAAGCCCUGUGCUCUUUUGGCACGGAGUUCCAAGGGAGGAGGGGUUGAUUCAGAUGGUGAUGAGUUUAUACUGUAUGAUGGGAAGCGAACUCUUUUAGCGUGGAUGAUUGAUUUAGGGGUUAUUCAAUCUAAUGCACAGGUGCACUACAUUUAUGGUGGAAGGAAAAAAGUGAAGCAAGCAGGAAAGAUCACAGGAGAUGGAAUUUGUUGUGGCUGUUGUGGUGAGACACUUAAGCUUGCUGAUUUUGAAUCCCAUGCUGGAAGCGAGCUGGGUCAGCCAUUUCAGAAUGUGUUUCUGCAGUCAGGACAGUCUCUUUUGCAAUGUCUGGUGGACUCAUGGAAUAAACAGAAUGAAAUUGAUCGUAUUGGUUUUCAUUCUGUGAAUAUUGUUGGUGAUGACCCAAACGAUGAUACAUGCAACAUUUGUGGUGAUGGGGGUGACUUGAUAUGUUGUGAUAGUUGCCCCUCAACUUUCCACCAAAGCUGCUUAGAUAUUCAAAAGUUGCCUUCUGGAGAUUGGCGAUGUGUUUAUUGUUCAUGCAAAUUCUGUGGGACAUUUGUCAGAAAAUCCUCAGAGAAUGAUGUUCAGGACGACAUGCUAGUCUCUGAGUUGUUGACAUGCCAUUUGUGUGAGGGAAAAUUCCAUUUGCCUUGUGUCCCUGGUGACGAUGCUCUGGAUUUUGAUUCUAAAGAUCUAACAUUUUGCGGAAAGGGAUGCCAGAAGAUUUUUGAGGGCCUGCAGAUGCUUCUUGGUGUAAGGCAUGACAUGGAUGAAGGAUUUUGUUGGACACUUCUUCGACAUCGUGAUUUUGGCAGGGAUAUAAAUUUGAGUGAUGAUCCAGUUGAAAUUGAGUGCAAUUGCAAGUUAGCUGUUGCUUUCUCCAUUAUGGAUGAGUGUUUUGUGCCCAUUGUUGACCAGCGAAGUAAAAUCAAUAUAAUUCAGAGCGUUGUUUAUAGCUGCGGGUCAAACUUUAGGCGAAUGAACUACCACGGGUUCUAUACUGUUAUUCUGGAGAAGGGUGAUGAACUUAUCUCUGCUGCAUCCAUAAGGAUUCAUGGGAACCAGGUUGUUGAGAUGCCAUUUAUUGGAACACGAUAUAUGCAUCGUCGUCAAGGAAUGUGCCGUCGGCUUCUCACUGCAACUGACACGUGCUUGUUUAACCAGUGUAUGAGUCUGAGUUCUACAUUUGAACCCAUUCCUAUAAAGCUGAGUCAUUCUGUAAGAUCCUCCAGAACUUAG